GCCACCGCAGGACGCAGGGAAGCCAAACUAACGAGUGGUGGCGGCGGCAGCAACGGCGGUGGCAGUUCGUGGUGAGAACGACGGUUCCGAGGUCGAGUGGCGGUCCGGCGGAGACCUCGGUUCCCUCCACCGCAUGAUCCUCUUGGAGUCAGUGUGUUGGAGAGAGUUGAUUACACUAGGAUUCUCCAAGUGAUCAGCCUUUGUACCUUUUCCACAUUUGAAGAUGGUGAAGCUAGAUAUUCAUACUCUGGCCCAUCACCUCAAACAGGAACGCUUAUAUGUGAACUCUGAGAAACAGCUCAUUCAGAGGCUCAAUGCAGAUGUACUUAAGACAGCUGAAAAGUUGUAUCGUACGGCAUGGAUUGCUAAGCAACAGAGAAUUAAUUUGGAUCGGCUUAUCAUAACCAGUGCUGAAGCUUCCCCUGCUGAAUGUUGCCAACAUGCCAAGAUUUUGGAAGAUACCCAGUUUGUUGAUGGAUACAAGCAAUUGGGAUUUCAGGAGACUGCUUAUGGAGAAUUCUUGAGUCGAUUAAGGGAAAAUCCUCGUCUUAUUGCCUCCUCUCUGGUUGCUGGAGAGAAACUUAAUCAGGAGAGCACACAAAGUGUUAUUUACACAGUUUUUACCUCUCUCUAUGGCAACUGCAUUAUGCAAGAAGAUGAAAGCUACCUCCUUCAGGUUUUGAGAUACUUGAUUGAAUUUGAACUUAAAGAAAGUGACAACCCCAGGCGACUUUUGAGGAGAGGAACCUGUGCCUUCAGCAUCUUAUUUAAACUUUUUUUCUGAAGGACUGUUUUCUGCCAAACUUUUCUCACAGCAACUUUACAUGAGCCAAUCAUGCAACUGCUCGUGGAAGAUGAAGACCAUCUGGAAACAGACUCCAAUAAGCUAAUUGAGAGAUUCUCCCCAUCUCAACAGGAAAACCUCUUUGGAGAGAAAGGCUCAGAUAGAUUCAGGCAAAAGGUUCAAGAGAUAGGUUGAUUCCAAUGAGGCCAAACUAGGACUUUGGUGAACAAGUUUAUUGGUUAUCUCAAACAGAACACGUACUGCUUUCCACAUAGUUUGAGGUGGAUCGUGUCCCAGAUGUACAAAACCCUUUCCUGUGUAGACAGACUGGAAGUUGGGGAGGUCAGGGCAAUGUGUACUGAUCUACUGUUGGCCUGCUUCAUCUGCCCUGCAGUUGUCCAAUCCAGAACAGUAUGAAUAAUUUCUGAUGCUCCGAUUAAUGAGGUGGCAAGAUUCAAUCUGAUGCAGGUCGGCCGCCUUUUGCAGCAAUUAGCAAUGACUGGCUCUGAAGAGGGAGAUCCCCGGACGAAGAGCAGCCUUGGGAAAUUUGACAAAAGCUGUGUUGCUGCUUUUCUUGAUGUUGUGAUUGGGGGCCGUGCAGUGGAGACCCCUCCAAUGUCCUCCGUUAAUCUUCUGGAAGGGUUGAGCAGAACUGUGGUUUAUAUAACCUACAGUCAGCUUAUUACUCUGGUGAAUUUUAUGAAGAGUGUGAUGUCUGGAGAUCAACUGAGAGAAGACAGAAUGGCUCUUGACAAUUUAUUGGCAAACCUACCCCAGGCAAAGCCAGGAAAAAGCAGCAGCUUGGAAAUGACUCCCUAUAAUACUCCUCAGCUGUCUCCAGCCACCACUCCAGCAAAUAAAAAGAAUCGAUUGCCUAUAGGACAACAGUUAGCAGCCAUCACUGCCUGGGAUUCCUCAGCCACCAAUCUUACUGCUCAUAUUACUCUAGUAACCCCAUUUGCAACUCGGAACAGAAGCCGCACCAAUGUGCUAAUGGACUUCCACCUGGACCAUGAAGGAUCAUCUCAAGAAACCAUCCAGGAGGUACAGCCAGAAGUGUUGGUCAUCGCCUUAGGGACAGGUCCCCAGCUUACUCCAGGGAUGAUGUCAGAAAAUGAGGUCCUAAACAUGCAACUUUCGGAUGGAGGACAAGGAGAUGUCCCUGUUGAUGAAAACAAACUCCACGGUAAACCUGAUAAAACCUUGCGCUUUUCCCUCUGCAGUGAUAAUCUGGAAGGAAUAUCUGAAGGUCCUUCAAAUCGCUCCAAUUCGGUAUCCUCUCUAGACCUGGAAGGAGAGUCUGUAUCAGAACUUGGAGCAGGACCUUCUGGGAGUAAUGGAGUUGAAGCUCUACAGCUAUUAGAGCAUGAACAAGCUACAACACAAGAUAAUCUUGAUGAUAAGCUGAGGAAGUUUGAAAUCCGUGACAUGAUGGGACUGACAGAUGAUAGGGACAUAUCAGAAACAGUGAGCGAGACCUGGAGUACAGAUGUCUUGGGGAGUGAUUUUGACCCUAACAUUGAUGAAGAUCGCUUACAAGAAAUCGCAGGUGCAGCAGCAGAGAGCAUGUUAGGCAGUUUACUGUGCCUGCCAGGUUCAGGGUCAGUGCUUCUGGACCCCUGCACUGGUUCUACCAUAUCAGAGACAACAAGCGAAGCUUGGAGUGUAGAGGUAUUGCCAAGUGACUCAGAGGCCCCAGAUCUAAAGCAGGAGGAGCGUCUACAGGAACUGGAGAGCUGUUCCGGACUGGGCAGCACCUCUGAUGAUACGGAUGUCAGGGAGGUCAGUUCCCGCCCCAGCACACCAGGCCUCAGUGUUGUGUCGGGCAUAAGUGCAACCUCUGAGGAUAUUCCCAAUAAGAUUGAAGACUUGAGAUCUGAGUGCAGCUCUGAUUUUGGGGGUAAAGAUUCUGUCACUAGUCCAGACAUGGAUGAAGUAACUCAUGGUGCCCACCAGCUGACCUCUCCUCCUUCCCAGUCAGAAUCUCUACUUGCCAUGUUUGACCCACUGUCUUCACAUGAAGGGGCUUCUGCUGUGGUAAGGCCAAAGGUUCACUAUGCCAGGCCGUCGCAUCCACCGCCGGACCCCCCAAUCCUGGAAGGAGCUGUGGGAGGAAAUGAGGCCAGGCUGCCAAACUUUGGUUCCCAUGUUCUAAGUCCAGCUGAAAUGGAGGCAUUUAAGCAAAGGCAUUCUUACCCUGAGAGAUUAGUUCGUAGCAGGAGCUCUGAUAUAGUAUCUUCUGUCCGGCGACCCAUGAGUGACCCCAGCUGGAACCGACGUCCAGGGAAUGAAGAGCGAGAACUCCCUCCAGCUGCAGCCAUUGGUGCUACUUCUUUGGUGGCUGCACCUCAUUCAUCAUCUUCAUCCCCCAGUAAAGACUCAUCAAGAGGAGAGACUGAAGAACGCAAAGAUAGCGAUGAUGAGAAAUCAGACAGGAACAGACCUUGGUGGAGAAAACGUUUUGUUUCUGCCAUGCCUAAAGCUCCCAUACCAUUUAGAAAGAAAGAAAAACAAGAAAAAGACAAAGAUGAUCUGGGGCCUGACAGAUUCUCAACACUCACAGAUGACCCCGGCCCUAGACUCAGUGCACAAGCUCAGGUCGCUGAGGAUAUUCUGGACAAAUACAGGAAUGCCAUUAAACGAACCAGCCCCAGUGAAGGAGCGAUGGCAAACUAUGAAAGUACAGAGGUUAUGGGUGAUGGUGAAAGUGCUCAUGAUUCUCCCCGCGAUGAAACACUGCAAAACAUCUCUGCCGAUGAUCUCCCAGACUCGGCGAGCCAAGCGGCCCACCCUCAGGAUUCCGCUUUCUCCUACAGAGAUGCAAAAAAGAAACUGAGGCUUGCUCUUUGCUCUGCGGAUUCUGUUGCUUUCCCAAUGCUAAGCCAUUCAACAAGGAACGGUUUACCAGACCAUACAGACCCAGAAGACAAUGAAAUUGUAUGCUUCCUAAAAAUUCAAAUAGCUGAAGCAAUUAAUUUACAAGAUAAGAACUUAAUGGCUCAACUUCAAGAAACGAUGCGUUGCGUGUGCCGCUUUGAUAACAGGACGUGUAGGAAACUGCUGGCGUCUAUUGCUGAGGACUACAGGAAAAGGGCGCCCUACAUCGCUUACCUCACCCGGUGUCGGCAAGGACUGCAGACCACGCAGGCUCACCUGGAACGGCUGCUGCAGAGGGUUUUGCGGGACAAAGAGGUGGCCAAUCGGUACUUCACCACCGUGUGUGUGAGGUUGCUGCUGGAGAGCAAAGAAAAGAAGAUCAGGGAAUUCAUUCAAGACUUUCAGAAACUCACAGCAGCUGAUGAUAAAACUGCUCAGGUAGAAGACUUCCUGCAGUUCCUCUACGGCGCCAUGGCCCAGGACGUCAUAUGGCAAAAUGCCAGUGAAGAGCAGCUUCAGGAUGCUCAGCUGGCCAUUGAACGGAGCGUGAUGAAUCGGAUUUUCAAGCUGGCCUUCUACCCUAAUCAGGAUGGGGACAUACUUCGUGACCAGGUUCUUCAUGAACAUAUCCAGAGACUGUCUAAAGUAGUGACUGCAAAUCACAGAGCUCUCCAGAUCCCAGAGGUUUAUCUUCGGGAGGCACCGUGGCCGUCUGCACAGUCAGAGAUCAGGACGAUAAGUGCUUACAAAACCCCGCGGGACAAAGUCCAGUGCAUCCUGAGAAUGUGCUCCACGAUCAUGAACCUCCUGAGCCUGGCCAAUGAGGACUCUGUCCCGGGAGCAGACGACUUCGUUCCCGUUCUGGUGUUUGUACUGAUAAAGGCAAAUCCACCCUGUCUGCUGUCCACUGUUCAAUAUAUCAGCAGCUUUUAUGCCAGCUGUCUGUCUGGAGAGGAGUCCUAUUGGUGGAUGCAGUUCACAGCAGCAGUGGAAUUCAUUAAAACUAUUGAUGACCGGAAGUGACCAAGACCAAGGCCCACCAAGGCAGCAGACUGUCAGAUGGGCAAACACAUCGUGAAGAAAAUGGACCAGCUGCUUUGAAGGCUGAAGAUUGUUUUUGUAUAAUAUUGUACAGCAUUCAGACAUUUUCAGACAGAUCUUUACUAAACAGAUUAAUGAGCUAACAAGCAGGUUCUCUUUUCUUUAGGCUCCUUUCCUUUCUGAGUUGCAUAUUUUGUUGUUUUCUUGUCCCCAAGUGGAGAAUAGUACUGCAAAAAGGGACCACAUUUUUCAGGUAUUUUGAAAUAUUAAAAAACAAAGCAAAAUCUCCUAGAAUAUUCCUAGAUCUCCAUUCAUGGAUACCUGUUCUUUCCUUUUAUUUUUAAAAAAGAAAAGUACACCUCUUUUAAGAUGCUAACUCCUAUAGGCAUCCAGUGGAAGGAAAAUACGAGUUGCACUGAGGGUUAUAAUGGUGGUGACAUUAGUGGCAUUAUCUAUAAAUACACUCACCUAAAUUGAAAAGCUAAGAAGGAAAUGUAAAUAUAAUAUAUAUUUAUAUUUGAUGUAAUAUGGACAUCUUCAGAUUCUAAUAAACAAGGAAUAUUGCUCAUAGUAGAUUGUGAUGUACCCUCUUGUGAAAUGGUUUCCUUGACAAAAUUUAAGCUGAGCUUAAAAGCAAAGAACAAAAACACCACACAAAUAUUUAUUAAAAUGUAAUACAGCUUAUUGAACUUUUAGGUGUGGAGUUUGGUGCACAGGUCUGCGUUUGAUGAGUACGAAAGUCACUGAGUAGGUCACAGACACUUCUCACCAUGGACAUCGCUGAGCCUGCUGUAGGAGAGAGACCUUAGUCGCCACACAUUACAUACAAAGGAACAGUAGACACCUAAUACUUUAUUGUGGUACUUCUCAUCUGAAAUACUAAGUAUAGUGUAGAAACCCCAAACAGAGCUCCUUAUAAGCCUUUAAAUGUAAUAUAUAUUGAUGAUUAUUCACAUUGAAUGCGCAGACCAGGAAUUCGGUGAAUGUCAUUUUUUAAAAAACUAAUUUGUAUUGUGUGCUCUAGUGAUAACGAGUUUUAUUAGUGAUAAACUAUUUUAACCAACCAUACUAUUCUUAUGGAAAAAAAAUCUAUUUUGGCAGGUUUCUGUGCCUUUAUUUCACUCUUCUGAAAAAAUACGUGUUUCAAUAUUUUGGUUUGAUUGUAUAUUGAUAAUUAAUCAGGAAUGGGUUUUGGUGUCUGAGAAAUCAGCCAAUAGGCACACCAGACCUUCAAGCACAAGUCUUAUACAUGGUCAUCCCUGACUGGUUUCACUAUGUGUGUUUCCUAAUCAUGUUUAGCUUCUUUUAUAACAGACUCAGUCCCAUCCCUUGAGUCCCUUGUUGCUGACAGCAUUUCCAGGCAUUUUUAAGGGAACUGUGACAAACAGCCUCAAGAGAUGAAUGCGGAGGUUGUCUUCUCCCUCUCUCCAAGAUCUCUGUGUCUCAUUGUGCCUAAAGAAGCGGAUUUUUCUUUAUGCCCCCACCUCUUCUCGUUCAUUUCUUUUAAGAAUACCGAAAUAAGUGGCAUAGGAGUGUGGGAUUUGGUUUCUGCCUUUUAGGGAGAGAUCUGAAUUAAACUAGUACUACAAAAUGUCCUUUUCAAUGUUAGGUCAAGAAAUCGGUGUACAGUCAUGUGCUUCAUGGACUGUAACUGUGCAACUUGCCUGGGUAUUAGAAGUCAAAUCCCAUCGUAAAUACUUUACAAGACCAACAAAACGGUCUAACACGAUUUCUGAGACCUAAAGCGAGUCCAUUUACUUCAGCAUUUGAUUCAAUAAAUGUUAGGUCAAUAGAAGACUUGGAAUAGUUGAAAUUCAUUGUUAUAGGAUUUAACUCAGAAGUCAAUGUGUUUUUUUCCUCUACAGUGGUUACUAAGUCUAUUCCAUAGGGAUAACUGAAGAUGUGGACACUGAACAGGGCUCUUUUCUUUGAGUUUGGGGUGUAGGGCUGACUGCAGGGCUUGAGCCAGUGGUGAAGGUAGAACCCUCAGUGACACCUCUGAGGUGGAGGCGGGUGCUCGGGUCUUGACCCAGGAGCUGGCAGAGACGCAGAACCCAGCUCAGCUCCCUCUGUCAGGAGCAAGGGCUGCUUCAGCACUAACCAUCACUGGCUGGAUUUCAUGGCAGGGUUUAUUGUAGUGCUGAUUUCUGAAGUUAGCAUUUGGUGGGUAGAAGAUAGGGUGUCAUUUGAUUUUGCGCUUUCAGGGAAGAGGAAUAGUUGUUCUUUGAAUGUUUCUUCCAGUACUUAUUUUACAUGAAGGAUUAGUGCAAAAGGACACAAUCACCCAUAGGAAACAUUCGGUAGCCACUGAUUAUUACCUGGAUUUACACAGUUAACUAAUGGGAAGACAGUGGCUCAGUGCUCUGAAGUCGUGUGGAAUUAACCUUAUAGUUUGUGUUUUGUGUUUAUAUUCUGCUGCUGGAGAAAGCUAAGAAAUCCACAGAUUGAAGAUUGUCUUUCCUUGUAGAAUGGUUUGUUUAAUAAACCUGGUAAAUGUUUUGUUUUCUUUCUCCACUUUAGGUCAAAUCUCAGUCACAGCUAUUGCAUUCUGCUUUUUCUUUUUAAAAACCCUGCUUAAGAAAGCCUUUUUGAUACAGAUAUUAAAUCGCUGCAGUAAGAGAAUUGGGCUUUGUGAGGGAUUGCAAGUAGAUGUGAUACAUGGUUUUUUUCUUUUCCUGUUGUGUCCCAGAAGCCUUUGUUCAACGUGGACUUUGUCUGUGGUCCUGAGGUGCCCAAGCAAUAGAACAAAGUGUUGCCAAACAGUAUCGAGCUGGAAGCAUCUGAAGCUGACUGAGUGUGCCUAGUGGGCACCGUUUCCCUACUGCCUGCCCGGGAAGCCCAUCUGGGGCCAAGGAAAGGCCAACUAAGUGUUUUAAAUGAGUGAGGUUUUAAAAAUUCCCUUUUCUGUUGUGAUUUGGGUGUGAAAGGGGAAAGUAGGACCAUACUUGCGCAAAAUUAUUAGUGGAUCGCGUAGACGUGAUAGAAAUGUAAUGGAGUUAGCUUCCUCCAUCUGUGCAUCCUGCCUUUUCUUCUACCCCCCUCCAUUCCUGCUUUACUUCUUUAAGGAAAAGUCAGUGUUCGCCCUCCUUUUAGUUCUUUUAAGUCUGGUGAAUUUAUUCUGUAUGCAAUUGCCGUAAUUUGGGGGGUGAGAAUCAAACAGUCUUGAAGCUCAAAGAAUUUUUAGUAAGUAGAUUAACUGAUGAGAUAGUUGCAAUAUUUUGAAUGUCAAAAUGCUUGAGAACUUUGCCAGAUUAAAUAUCUUAGAAUGUAGGUUGCCCAAGAAGUAGGAUGACCAGGAAUAGCUUUACUCCUCUUGAGAUCACUUGGACAGAGGAAGGUAUAGUUUGCCUCAGUGUCAGGAUUGGUGUGGGUGAGCUGUGGCGUCACCGUGGAGCUGCCGGGUCCCACAGGUCCCCUCAGCACGGGUCAAGUUCACGAGAGGAAGUCCUCUCCACUUGGUUAAUGGCAGGCAGUGUGGGCAGGGGCCUCAUGCCUUAAGAAUUCACCUCUGCUGAGUUGAUAAUUGUCUUGUUUACCACUCUCUUGUGCUUCACCUGUAUUAAAAAGCUUUGUACUGCCUCUCUUGAAACUGAUGAAACCUAUAAGCCUCAGUUAAUGAGCGUGCACAGUCUUGUAUAUGUACAGGAAACCCAUCCUGUCUCCUAAUGUGACUAUUAUGAUAUUCUGUAAAACUGAUUAAAAGGGGAGAGCAGUUGAAUUCACUGGGCUUUAUGUUU